GUGUGUGUGUGUGUAUGUAUGUGUGUGAGUGAGUGAGUUUUUUUCUCCUUCGCCUUUCCCUUCCUUUUUUUAAGCCAAAGCUGGAUGUGUAGAUCGUCACAUGUUGUUUCCUCUCUUCAGUCUGAACAUCAGCCGGCAUGUGUUAUUUAUUGCUUGGCUGCGGGAGAAGACGAGCGCAACGUACGGCUCUGGAAAUAGAGGAUUAAAAAUAAAGCGCGGAGUUUCUUUUUUUUCUUCUUCUUCUUCUUCAAGCGACUCCUGCAAAUUCAAGCGCUGCGGUCUGGUCUGGACUAGAGGAACACGAGAAUGGCGAGUCCGCCAGCAACGGGCGGUCAGGCGCUGAUGACCAGCACUAGUAAUACAAACGCCAAUAGCAGCGCGAAAAAAUGUGGAUACCUGAAGAAGCAGAAACACGGACACAAGCGCUUUUUCGUUUUAAAGGAGCCGUGUGAAGGAUUCCCUGCCCGGCUGGAGUACUACGAGAACGAGAAGAAAUGGAGAAACAAGUCCGCCGCUAAGAGAGUUGUUCCCCUGGACUGCUGCCUCAACGUCAGCAAGAGAGCGGACGCGAAACACAAGUAUCUUAUUGCUCUUUACACCAAGGACGAGUAUUUUGCCGUGGCGGCGGAAAACGAACAGGAACAGGAGAACUGGUACCGGGCGCUGACGGACCUAAUGGCCGAGGGGAAAGUGUGUGACGGCUCGGCGUCCAACUCUGCGUCCUCACUGGUUGGCUUCGACGAGUCGAGUUACGGUGUAAUAACGCCGGUGGCCGCCGCCUACAAGGAGGUAUGGCAGGUUAACCUCAAAUCCAGGGGACUGGGACAGAGUAGGAAUCUGACCGGUGUGUACAGGCUCUGUCUCUCCAGCCGAAUGAUCAGCUUCGUUAAGCUCAACUCGGAGGUCGCCUCUGUCGUACUACAGCUGAUGAACAUCCGAAGGUGCGGCCAUUCCGACAGCUUUUUCUUCAUCGAGGUGGGUCGAUCUGCAGCCAUCGGUCCAGGGGAGCUGUGGAUGCAAGCUGAUGACUCAGUAGUGGCUCAGAAUAUCCACGAAACUAUCCUAGAGGCCAUGAAAGCCAUGAAGGAGCUGUCGGAGUUCCGCCCUCGCAGCAAAAGUCAGUCAUCUAGCACCAACCCCAUCUCUGUGCCAACAAGGAGGCAUCUGAAUAAUCUCCCACCGAGCCAGACUGGCCUCCCCCGGAGGUCCCGUACUGACAGCACCUGUGCCACAUCUCCUGUGAGUAGUAAAUGCCUGUCUUGUCGUAUACGCACGGCCAGCGAGGGCGAUGGCACCAUGACACGCCCAAUGUCUGUCACCGGGAGCCCCCUCAGCCCAGGGGUCCACAGGACCCUCCUAAGCCGGUCUCACACCAUAACAGCACGCCCCUCCUUGACUUUUGAAUCUUCUACUCUCCAGCAUAGUAAGUCCAUGUCUAUGCCCCUGUCUCAUUCUCCGCCUGUGGCCACCCCAUGUCCAGGACAUGUGUCCAACUGUGUGGACAGCAGUGUCCCCCGCCCCUCCAGCUGCAGUGCAUCAUUCUCAGGCUCUCCCAGUGAUGCAGGCUUUAUAUCAUGUGAGGAAUAUGGCUCCAGCCCUGCUGAUGCACGGGACCUCAGGUUACCCCUAAGCCUUCGCAGCAACACUCCUGAAUCUCUGAAAGCAGACACCCCUCCCUCCAGGGAUGGGAGUGAACUUGAUGGCUACAUGGUGAUGGAGAGGCAAAAUCAGAAUGGUUACCGGCGGCUGUCAGAGUUGGAUAAAGUGUAUCGAAAGCGAACAUACUCCCUCACUACCCCCCGUCAGCAGAGGCGCCCCCCUCAGGUGUCCUCAGCUUCUCUGGAUGAGUACACUCUCAUGAGAGCCACAUACACCAGCGGAAACCGGUCUUCUUUGAGGUGUCACACGGCCUCACCUAAAGGAAGUGGGCUAGAAGAUUACAGGGAUGUUCACAUCAGCUCUAACAGCCUCCAAGGUGACAGCGGCUACAUGCCAAUGAUGCCCGGGGUUGCACCCAAGACUCCAGGGUCCAAGGACGACCCCUAUAUGCCCAUGAGCCCUAUGUGUGUUUCUGCUCCAAAGCAGAUCAUCAAUCCACGUUCACACUCCUGCACCGCAGGGCUGGCCCCACGCACAGACUCCCCUGGGAGUAUUUCUCUGGAGGACAAUGGCUACAUGCCUAUGUGGUGUGGACACAAAAUGUCAGUGGAAAGCAGUGAUGGAAAACCAAGCAAUGGAGAGUACUUGUACAUGUCUCCCGUUGAUGCUCUGGUUUCUCUCACACCCCCAGAGUACCUUCUCAGCCUCUCAGGAGACCCACACCCCCACCACAGACAGCCUUAUUGUUACAGCUCCCUACCAAGAUCAGUCAAAGGACAGUUGCAGCGAACUGGGUCUGCUGACACCGACCAGUAUGUUGUAAUGAGUUUACAGAGACAACGGAUAGAAGAAGAGUCAAACGGUGGUCCCGUUUCACCUGGAGAAUCUGGAACUGGUAGCUCCCCAGGCACGCCAACCACUCCAUCUUCUCUCCCUUCUCCUCUAAAACUGACUCGGUCAGAUGGAGGCCUGUUGCACCGCAGCAGGGUGUGCCGGCCCACCCGCCUGGCUCUGGAAUCCCUUCGAACACUACCAUGUAUGAGUGAGCAUCCCCUUCCCUCAGAACCUCGCAGCCCUGGAGAGUACAUCAACAUUGAUUUUGGUAGUGCUGCCGAUGUCCCACUGUUGGAGAGCUCAGAGGCUGGAAGCGUAAUGUGUACAGAGGAGGGAUCACUGUCUCUGUCAGACUAUGCUAACAUUGACAUCAACUCAUCAGUUCAUCUCGAAUCACACCAAGGAGAAAGUUCCCACCCAGUGGGGCGUCUUAACCAUACAUCUGAAGUCUUGAUGUGCUCCAGCAUGGUGAGCAACCAGCAGGACACACAGAGAGUUGAAGGGAAGGAGGACGAAAAGAGAAUGGAGGGAGAGACAAAGACAAUGGGACAGAAAGGGAGUCCUGUAUGUGAGCCUGCUAUUACCAAAAGUGACUACACUGAGAUGACCUUUGCCCCCCCUGCUCCUUUAUCUGUUCUCUGCACCACUGAUGCCACCCCUCUCCCCACCAGCCCCACUGCAUGUGUGAAGAGACUCAGCCUUGAAAGCAGCUUAGUGGAUGUGGUGCCCCCUGUGCCAGUGGAUUCUUUCCUACUUGGGGCACCAUCGUUAUCUCUCACUGUCGUAGAUCCAGACCGGGGGGCCAAGGUUAUCCGGGCUGACCCUCAGGGGCGUCGCCGCCAUAGCUCCGAGACCUUCUCCUCCACCACCACUGUGACGCCUGUGUGCCCGUCUUUCGCCCAUGACACCAAGCGGCACAGCUCCGCAUCUGUGGAGAACGUGUCCCGCUCUGUCCACAGCUCCGAGGAGCCCGGCGAGGACCACAGCAGCCCCAUGUGCAGGGAAACAUCAGCGGGGUAUCAAAACGGACUGAACUACAUUGCCUUAAACUUGAUGGAAGGGAACCUCGGAGGGGGCAGGUUAGGAUCAUGCGACAAAUUCCUGAGGUUCAAGACGACUUGCGGCUGCAAAGGGGGUCUAAAUGGGUUCAGCGCCAGCCCCUACACCAGCCUGGGAUUCAAGGAGACUACUACUGCUGCUGUGAAAGAAUGAAGACUGACGGGUCUUCCCGCCUCUCCUCCUCAUCUUCCUCCCCUUCCUGUGAAAGUGAAACUCCGCUGUAUCCAGAUGAUAAGGUCACCACUGCAACAGCUGGACAGCUGACCUCCCUUAACCUCUUCGCUGCCCUCUGUGGGGGGGGUUUGGAGACGGCCAUAACCAUGGAAACAGAGACAUUUGACCCUUGACCUAAUUCCCUCCUUUCCUUUUUUUCUCAGCACCCAAACAUCCAGGUGCCAUUGCUGCUGUAGUGCUAGACCAAGAACUCCGACAGAAUAUGAAACUCUUAACACUAGAUAGGUAACUUUAUCUCAUUUUCUAGGCCUUCGAUCUCUUCUGCAGUACAUUAUUAGAGCAUUUACUGUUGCAGUUUAUUCCAUUUACAGACUUAGAAUCGGAUUUUAUUUUGGCUUCAGCCAAGUAGUUGUCAGAUUUUUCUCACCUGAAAACCUGUGAACCAAACCUGGAGAGCAUGCGUACGCAAUUACAUGCAAAGGAAAAAAACAAAAAAAAACAAAACAAAACCUUUCAUGAAUACUGAUAACAUGUAUUUAUUUAUUUAUCUAUGAUGUAUGUAUGUAUUAAAUGAAAAAGGUGUGAGAAUCUGCAUACAGGGUUGAGCUGCAAAAAGAAGACGGCAUUUAUGAGCAUAUUUAAAAGUCAAAGGUAAUGUCUACUUACACAA